AUACAUGGAAGUUAAAGUUAUCUAUUAUAGUUUAUACUGUGGGAUAAAAAAAUUUGGUUAAUAUGAUAGGCUGAUAUAUUAAUUAUAAUUUACAAUAAGCUAUUUUAGAAGGUAUAACCUAAUUAAAUUGUUCUUCUAAUCAUGUCUGUAUUAAGCCCAUUUGUGUACUGGGCACAGAAUGAAGAGCACAUAUUUCUUAAAGUUGAUCUUAAAGACACUAAGAAUCCCUAUGUAAAAUGUAAUGAUCGCAAUAUAGAUUUUAAAGCAAAUGGUACCGGCGCCCAAGGAGUGAACAACUAUAAUUUCAAUUUAUCUUUAUUUGAAAAUAUUCAAACAGCAGUAUGUGAGGUAAAAGUGAAUGAUUAUUCAGUUAACUUAAAAGUAACCAAAAUGAAAAAGGCAUGGUGGCCCAGAUUGAUGUCGACACCUCAGAAACCUAGUUGGUUAAAGAUUGAUUUUGAUAAGUGGCAAACUGAAGACGAUUUGUUAGAUGAAUUAAAUGAUGUGCGUCAUGAUUAUCCUGAUCUUUACAAUAUGCUUCAAAAACAAGAAAUGGGUUACAUUAGAGAAGACUUUAAGAGGGUGUAUCUAUCAAUUUAUAAUUUGUUUAUGUUUGUUGGCUAUAUGUACAUACUGAGCGUACUGUGUAUGAGGUAUAUUAAAGAUGGCCCAAACUUUUUCCCUGAAACAUAUGAUACAAUUGGAAAAGCAAUGUGUUUUAUACAAUUACUUCAAGUACUAGAAGUGAUGCAUCCUUUAUUUGGAUAUGUCAAAGGAGGAAUAAUGAUGCCAUUUAUGCAAGUGGUGGGCAGACUUUUUGUGCUUUUUGCCAUGGUGGAAUGUGAACCAAGAAUCCAAAAGAUGCCAGUUGUCUUCUACUUGCUUUUAGUGUGGUCAUCGAUAGAAGUUAUAAGAUAUCCAUAUUACAUGACCCAAUUGAUCAACAAAGAACAGUAUCUUUUGACAUGGUUGAGGUAUAGUGCUUGGAUUAUAUUAUAUCCUCUUGGAUUUGUAUGCGAGGCUAUGAUUAUAUUUAGAAACAUGAUAUAUGUUCAUUCUAGUCACAAGUGGUCAGUAACUAUGCCAAAUUCAUUGAAUUUCACAUUUGAUUUUCUUCUUUUCUUAAGAAUCUAUUUGCUUUUGGUGCUGUUUCCUGGAAUAUACACUUUAAUGAGGCAUAUGUACAAUGCUAGAAUUAAAAAAUUAGGAGGCAAGGAACCUUUCUUAAAAAAUAUUUCCAAGAAAUUUAUCUGAUGUAGACCAGCCUAUCUGUUUUUAAAGUUUUGUUGAACAAUUAAAUAUAUGUACAUCACAAAAUUCAAGUACAUUUUUUUCAUGGGACUUGUUUGUCAUAAUUGUUUAAAAUUUCUCUGGUUAUCCAGCCUUGAUCAAUUUCAUUGUCUCCCAAAAAAAAACAAUCAUGGGAAUUUUAAAACUUUAUUUCUUGUAUUUUAAAGCUUUAUAAUAAAAAAAUAAUUUAGAUUAAUAAACUAUGUACAGAAGUAAUUAGCAGAUUAGGUACCUUAUUAGUAUGAUUAGUGGUGUCACUUUGCAUCUAAAAUAUAUUGAGGUAGAGAUCACAUUUUCAAAAACCUAUGAAAAGAGUGUUUUUUAUAUAGUUUAUAAUAAAGGAAGACUUAACUGGAAAAUCAUUGCCAUCACGCAUUAUAUGAUGAGCAGUAGGGAGAGUUCAUAAAUAUUGAGAUGCAUUUGUGUCUAAUAAAGUUCUUAACAAUUUUUUGGUAAAAUACACUGUUGCAAUCUUGUUUGGCAUCAUAGGAAAGCUUUGUUAAAUAAAUAAUUAUAAUAUUCA